CAAGAGAUGGGGGGGGGGGGGGGCUUGAUUUUAGGAAGAGGAGGUGAGUAUAAGAGUGAGAAAGAGAGAGAGAGAGAAACUUACCUUCAGACGUACCACCUCAACACACUCACCACCUCAGCAGUGUCCAGAACACUACCUCUUCUCCAUUCUUCCUCUCUCUCUCUCUGUCAGUGAUGGAGUCAGCCAUUGGUGUACUCGUGUCCCAGUUCAAGGCGUUUGCUGGAAGUGAUGGAUCCUCAGACACACUGAGCAGAGAUGAGUUCCGGAGCCUGGUCAAAACACAACUCCCCAACUUCGUUAAGAACGCUGAUGACCCAGCUGUCAUCGACCGACUCAUGGACUCAAUUGACGAGAACAACGACGGAGAGCUCACCUUCCUGGAGUUCUGGCAGCUGAUUGGACGACUAGCAAAUCAACACGGCGGCUUUAUCCAAUAGGAUGUCUCCAUGUCUUGUUCUGUUACUACCAUAUGAUUACAAUGAUAACUUAUUCUAGUGGUAUGGUUAUCCCAAGGUUGUGUUUCUAAAUUGUCAAGUGUUUGCUAAAGCUAUGGAGGAUUGGUCCAGCAAAAUAAAACAUGGAUGAAUCAUACAACUAUAGUA